AUGUCUUACACUACUCCAAACCCAGAAAAUUACAGCUCAGCCACCGCCACGAACUCGCCGGAGCUUAAACUGUAUCAAGCGUUUAUCUUCUCUGUCCCAAUCUGCUUCACAUUCAUCGUUCUAUUCUUGUUCUACCUUGUCUACCUCCGUCGCAGCAGCGCCGAUUUGUCUUCCCUUGGAAUGCGAAGUACCAUCCUUGUCGGAAACUCUCUCUCCAUGGCUGAAUUAGGGUUAAGCAAAGAGCUGAGAGAGAUGCUACCCAUUGUUGUCUUUAGAGAGAGCUUCUCCGUCAUGGAUUCACAAUGUUGUGUGUGCCUUGGGGACUAUCAAGCAGAUGACAAGCUUCAACAGAUCCCGGCAUGUGGACAUACUUUUCACAUGGACUGUAUCGAUCUUUGGCUAACAUCGCACACCACUUGCCCUCUUUGUCGUCUCACACUUAUCCCAAGCCAAUCCCAUCAAAGCCAAGAAGAUCCUGUUCCGAGUGUUUUGACCCCUGGAGUAGGAGUGCCGAGUCAACCGGAAUCUAAUCCAGUAAACCACGGAAACGAUGGCCAAGAGCGACAAUGUGAUCCAAACGAGUGUGAUCGAGAUGGAGAGGGCUUUAAGGAAACGCAAGAGGAUGAACCGAACAGCAUCGGGACAUCGAAUGCUUGUUGUAAUUGUAGACCUGGUUAA